UGAAAAGUACUUAUCUUUUUUCUACAAAUUUCUUCUCAUAACUAGUAAUAUAAAAUUAUUAUCUAAAAAUUAAAUGGCCGGCAAGAGAAUUAUUCCUACCUUUCUUCCCAAUAUAAAUUAUAUAUAUAAACUAUUAUUACUGUACCAAAAUAUCAAUACCAAAAAUCAUAUCAUGAAGUUCUCCAACAUUUCAAGGUCUAAAAUACUAUUACUAUUACUCUCUUAUAAUAUACUUACCAAUAAUAAUAUUAUUGCUUCUUCUUCUUCAAAUUCUUCUCUAAAAAACAAUAAUUUCUUCACAAAAAUUCCGAGACUAAGUCCCACCGGAGAUAGGUUGUUCCUCCACAACCCCGAAACCCUAAUUUCGGGGGCUUCAAUUUUCGAUGAUUUUGAAACGUUUUUCUACAACCAAACAUUGGAUCAUUUCAAUUAUAGGCCAGAAAGUUACUCAACUUUUGAACAAAGGUAUUUGGUGAAUUCCAAAUUUUGGAAUAACAAUAAUAAAUUAGGUCCAAUAUUUGCUUAUCUUGGAGCUGAAGAGCCUAUUGAUCAAGAUAUCCCAACUAUUGGCUUCCUCACUGAUAAUGCUCCUUCCUUUAAAGCUCUCAUAGUUUUCAUUGAGCAUAGAUAUUAUGGGAAAUCAAUACCAUUUGGAUCAAGAGAAGAGGCAGUACUAAGCAAUGCAAGCACAUUGGGUUACUUUAACUCAGCUCAAGCCCUAACUGAUUAUGCUAAUAUUCUUCUUCAUAUCAAAUCAACAUAUCAAGCUCCUAAUUCUCCAAUCAUUGUCAUUGGUGGAUCAUAUGGUGGAAUGUUAGCAUCAUGGUUUAGAUUGAAGUAUCCACACAUAGCACUUGGAGCAUUGGCAUCAUCAGCUCCAAUACUUUACUUUGAUGAUAUCACACCACAAAAUGGAUACUACUCAAUUGUCACUAAAGAUUUCAGAGAAGCUAGUGAGAAUUGCUAUGAAACCAUACUAAAGUCAUGGUCCCAAAUUGAUAAAGUUGCAGCUUUGCCUAAUGGCCUUUCAAUACUUACCAACAAAUUCAAAACUUGCAGUCCAUUGAAGAAUUCUUCAGAAUUAAAGGAUUAUUUUGGGACAAUAUAUGCAACAGCAGCACAAUACAAUAGUCCACCAAAAUAUCCAGUGAAUAUAAUAUGUGAAGCCAUUGAUCAUAAUCAUCAUAAUGAUGAUGACAUACUUGAUAAGAUCUUCUCAGGCCUUUCUGCUUAUGAUCCUAACAAAACUUGUUAUGUCAAUCCACCAAAAAUUCCUACUGAAACUGAUCAGGGUUGGAAAUGGCAGACAUGUAGUGAGAUGGUGAUACCCAUAGGCAUUGAGAAUGAUACAAUGUUUGAAGCUUACCCAUUCAAAGUAGAAGAUUUCAUUAAGGAUUGCAAAGACUCUUAUGGGGUCCCACCUCGUCCUCAUUGGGUCACUUCAUACUAUGGAGGUCAUGAUAUUAAGCUUAUACUAAAUAGAUUUGGCAGCAACAUAAUUUUCUCCAAUGGCCUCAGAGACCCUUAUAGUAGUGGAGGGGUUUUGGAAAACAUAUCAGAUAGCAUUUUGGCCAUCAAAACAACCAACGGAUCUCAUUGCUUGGAUAUUCUUGGAAGAAAAUCAAGUGAUCCAGAUUGGUUAGUAGAGCAAAGGAAGAUUGAAAUCAACAUCAUCACUAAAUGGAUUACUCAAUACUAUGCUGAUCUUACAUCAUUAAAAAUAAUAUAAUUAUAAUAUAUUUAUAUAUAUAUUUUGUAUGGUGCUCAAGACUUAAGUCUUUUAGUAUUAAUAUUUAUUAAAUUACUCUAAUCUAAAACUCAAAUAUAUAAUAAUUACAAAUAAUUUUUCAUUA